AUUGUUUGCUCUCACAGUCCCUAAGUUAUCAGUAUACCGCCCUUCCCUUCCUCUCCCUCCUAGACAGAUCAACACACGUGUUGCGGAAGAGACGAAGACGUGUUCAUCCUCCACCCAUACCGAGAGGUGAUCAGCCGCUUACUAACAGCACAACCACCGCUCACGACCCACUGAUGAUGGAUUGUGGUAAGCCUGAGGAGUGUAAAGUCUGCCUUAAUAAUUUCGAUGAGAUUGAUCGGCGGCCUCGUAUCCUGCCCUGCGGCCACACCUUCUGCUCGCCAUGCCUGGCCGACAUGAUAAAGAACGCUCUGUUUCUUUGCCCCAGCUGUCGUGCUGACCACAGUGCCUUGGCUACUACUGACGUUACCGAACUCCCCAUAAACUUUACAUCAGAAGCUUUCCUUAAGAAACUUAAAGAAAUACAAUCCAAGCAACCAAAGGCACCAAAAAAACUUGACCAGGACAAACCCAGAAGCUUCAGCAAGAAGUUACGGACAUUGGUGCAGGAGCAGAAGAGCAACCUCACCGACCUCAUCACUAAUUCUGAUCAUCAACUGUCCCAGCUGACAGUGUACCGUAAGCAUCUGAGUCAUAUGAAGAAUGAACACCAACAACUCCAAGACGAUUUGUUUAUCAUAGUGGGGCAAAAUAGGAAGGCAAUGGAACUAAUAGAGCAGGAGGAUUCCAGUGCUGAGGACAUACAGACAGAAGGAGAGGAAGGUAAGCAACAGCUUGAGACCAUGCUGGGGUGCCUGGACACAGUCAGCUCGGCACAGGAGGUCGUCACAUCUAUCGACGACUCUGAUCGAUAUAGUGUGGAGACGGAAGACUGGAUCCAGAAGUGUAGGGAACUCUUCCCAGACAUCAACGCCAUCCACACCUCUGUGACGGUGAAGGCGACCAUCAAGAAAGCCAUUAAGGUGUUCACCACUGAGAUGGGUGCUAUAGCUGCCCCUGACCCCGCCCUCGAGGGAGCCACUGCCUCCCCUACCACCCUCAUGGAGAGAGUUGAGCGACUUACAGGAAGAGUUUCCUUGUGCGGCUUAAACGUUGACAAUCUCCGCAACAUGAGUGGAGCCGUCAAGAGUCUGGUAGAGAGUGGCCGGGUGUUUGCUGUCCAUCAGGACCAAGACAACCUCCGCUCUGCCAAGAUAACUUUAAAAGAUGGACAGCUGUACUUGCACACACUCCUCAGUCAGCCCACACCCACGAAUGCUCACACGAUCCAGCACAGUGACAUAAUGGACGCCCUGGACCCCUCCUCCACCCUGGCGUUUCUUGACCUCGCAUGGGAGGGAUUGGCCAAAGGGAGGGUCCUCGUCCGGCUGAGCCCCGACACCCCACUGGCAAGACAGUUUGUGUUGUUGUGUACGGGCCAGCGGGGCCACACCUAUGCCAACACAAAGUUACUGGAGGUAACGAACAAAGGUAAGACAGGUGAAUGUGUGCAUGGAGGUGACUAUGAAAAGAAUGAUGGGGAGGGAGGAGCCCCACUGCUGCCUGUUAUGAAAGGUAAAUACCAGGAGUCAGCCAAUGAGGGGGCUCUAUUUUCGUGGCUUGAUCCUGUUAAUCCCAAAAGUGCACAGUUUACCAUCAGCACUAAAGCCCACAACACUCCGCGAAUCAACGUCUACGGUAAGGUGGAGAGCGGGCUGGAAGUGGUGAGUGCAGCAGUCAGCCACAGUGACAUAAAAGCUGUGACUGUAGUGGACUGUGGUGUUGUGUUGGAGCUGUAGUUGACUGUACUACCAUCCCUGUGUUGCUACCACUACCUGUACCACCAUCCCUGUGUUGCUACCACUACCACCAUCCCUGUGCUACCACUACCUGUACCAC